AUGGAUUUCAACACCAAUGGACCGCACCUUGCCCCGCACAAUCACCAGUACCCGCCGCCGCAGGGUUCUCCCAGUCCCGCCUACCCCCAAUAUUCCACUGCUAUAGACCCGACUCUGGCUGCCACCCCGGCAGCCCAACGCCAUUUCCCUCACAAUAACAUGGCCGGCUCUUCUCCCGGCUUCAGUGCCUCGCCGCGCUACAGCGCCUCGCCAAGCCACCAACAACAGUCCAACUUUGUACCAUCUGAUCGGUCACUGCCAUCGACCGACAAUGUCUCGGCCGACAACAUCGAUGAGAUAUACGCCGCUUUUGUUUUGUAUUGCAAUCCCUACUUUCCUGCAAACAAUGACACAACCGAAUUGAGGAAGAUAUUUAAGAAGCCGCCCAUGAGCGAUAACAAGAUAUUUGAACCGUACAAUCUGUUCGAGCUCCUGAAGAAACUUGAAAAGGGUGAAAUCAAAACUUGGAUACAACUUGCCUUGGACCUGGGCGUCGAGCCACCAGAUGUUGAAAAGGGCCAAAGCACGCAGAAAGUGCAGCAAUACGCCGUAAGAUUAAAGGGCAAACCGCAUUCUUACUACACGAAUAUCCCUCCAUUGAACGAGCCAUUCCCUCAAGGUGGGCGUGAUGGUGUUGCACUAGAGGAAGACUUGGCCAUCCGUGGCCUCGAUCCUGCCUUCAAACCAAAGCGUGGUCGAAAGAAGGCAGAAGACCCGGAUGACGACGACACCCCACCGCCGAAAAGACCCCAGCUAGACACUUCAUUCGCGUUCAACAGCGGUAACCAUCCACCAUCGGCAUAUCCGAACAGUGCUCUACCCAUGAGCGCGCAUCCUGACCACUUUGCCAACCAUGAUCCUUGGACAGCAGCCUCAAUGGGAACACCCAAUGCUAACCAGAGGGGGCUAACUCCGAACUCUGCCCUCAAUACGGCUGGUGCUCCUCACAUGCGUUGGCAGGUGAACAGCCAUCAUGACAACCCUAGCACUCCACAUCCUCUUUCGGCAGUCAGUCCAAUGACGGAACGACCUCUAGAUUCUGCAUUCGAUGAGCCCAUCUCUGCAGUCACUCCCGGUUCCCGAAAACCUAGGCGUAGGCACGGACCGGCGGUGUCAUCUGCGUGGCCCAGUAGUGGCUCUGUCUCAGGUGGGAAGCUUCGCGGAAGGCCACCACAAAACCGAUCCGUCCGCGAUGGUCCUUACGUAACGUUCCCUGCAAACCCACACACCAAGGAGCAGCAGACAGUCGAUAUCACUCGAACUACGCCGGAUCCAACAAGCGCGAGUGUCCAGUUACUCGAAGCCGCACAAGGCCAAGUUCAAGUCCCCGGCCAGUCUCAAGGCCCACAAAACCCGGCGCCGGUUUCUGGACCAUCUUCAGGCCCAGUACCUAAUCAACAAGCACGCUUUCCACCUACUCCAGCAUCUGCGACACAGUCAGGGCCGUCCCCUGUACAUAGUCGUGCAGGACAACGCUUAUCGUUGCAGGUGCCACAGCACACUGGCGGACCGGUCCAUCUGGUUACGCCAACUGUGUUGGUCAACGGAGAGUCGAACAGCCCAGACAAGCAACCGGCCUCGGCAGAAGCGGCCACCGAGCUCCCUAAAGUCACUAGGGAGAUGCUCAAGCGACUGUUGGCCGCCGACCUCCUCCGCGCUGACCUCAGUGGCCGGAAACGCAUGCGUGGCCACGAGGCGAAAGACCUUGCUGAUGCGCUCCUGACACAGCUCAGCAGCCAAAAUGAAGCGAAUGGCGCAGGCGAGGGUGAAGCGAACCAAGGUCUUGCCAAUUGGCUCGGGUUCUCGACCCAUCUUGGCUUGGGGCAUUCCCCAGUCCCCAGCGGCAUCAAAAAGAUUGAUGUUCAGAAGUACAGGGUCAGCGAGGACGGGUAUGAGAGUCCUAUCGACGCGGACGAUGGCGGACGUGAAGACAGUGACCUGGCUCUUGGCGUCGGCUCGAAAAUCAAGGAGACAUUUGAUGUUAGCUGGAGUCUUACAAUGGGCAGCUGUACAGGGAAAUUCUCCGUAAAAGGCCUGAUGAUCGAGUCAAAGGGCGCCGGGGAGAAUGAGGAGAAGGACGGGAAAGAGAGCUUAUCGCGCAAUGGACAGGAAAAGAGUCUCGAGGAGAGGGUCAAAGAGUUGGAAGCACAGUUGAAAGGCAAAGACAGAGAGGUGCAUUUGUGGAGACAGCGAGUGCUGGAGGCCGUCCUGUGA